GUUCCGCAAAGUGGGCGGUGACUUUGGGGAAAGUUGGCGGAGGGAGAGCUCCCCAGCACUGAGAUGGGAACUCUGCGGGACCUGCAGUAUGCUCUCCAGGAGAAGAUCGAGGAGCUGAGGCAGCGGGAUGCCCUGAUCGAUGAGCUGGAGCUGGAGCUGGACCAGAAAGAUGACCUGAUCCAGAGGUUGCAGAAUGAGUUGGACAAGUACCGCUCAGUGAUCAAGCCGGCCAGCAAACACAGCGCAGGCCAGUGUGCGGGCUCACUGCAGGAACAGCAGAGAACUAAAAGGCAGGCCAUCUCAGCGGAGCCCACCGCCUUCGACAUCCAGGACCUGAACCAUGUUACCCUCCCCUUCUAUCCGAAAAGUGCACAGUCCAAAGAACUGAUUAAGGAAGCGAUCCUGGAUAAUGACUUCAUGAAAAAUCUGGAGUUGUCUCAGAUUCAAGAAAUUGUAGACUGCAUGUACCCAGUAGAAUAUGCCAAGGACAGCUGUAUUAUCAAAGAGGGUGAUGUGGGAUCUCUGGUUUAUGUAAUGGAAGACGGCAAGGUUGAAGUGACAAAAGAAGGAGUGAAGCUGUGCACCAUGGGACCAGGCAAGGUGUUUGGUGAGCUUGCCAUCCUGUACAACUGCACCAGGACUGCCACAGUGAAAACUCUUACGAAUGUAAAACUCUGGGCCAUCGAUCGACAAUGUUUUCAGACAAUAAUGAUGAGGACAGGCCUAAUCAAGCAUGCCGAAUAUAUGGAAUUUCUAAAGAGUGUUCCAACAUUCCAGAACCUUUCAGAGGAAAUACUCAGCAAGCUAGCUGACGUUCUUGAAGAGACAUAUUACGAAGAUGGGGAGUACAUUAUUAGGCAAGGAGCUCGAGGGGACACUUUCUUCAUUAUUAGCAAGGGGAAGGUGAAUGUGACACGGGAAGAGUCAUCAAAUGAAGAAGCUGUAUUUCUUCGGACAUUAGGAAAGGGAGAUUGGUUUGGAGAAAAAGCUCUGCAGGGAGAGGAUGUGAGGACGGCUAAUGUGAUCGCAGCUGAAACAGUGACCUGUCUAGUGAUUGACAGGGAUUCAUUCAAGCACUUGAUCGGAGGCCUGGAAGAUGUUUCCAACAAAGCCUAUGAAGAUGCUGAAGCUAAAGCUAAAUAUGAAGCUGAGUCUGCCUUCUUUUCAAACCUGAAACUAUGUGAUUUUAACAUCAUUGAUACGCUGGGAGUUGGAGGAUUUGGAAGAGUUGAGCUGGUCCAAUUAAAGAGUGAGGAAUCCAAAACGUUUGCAAUGAAGAUCCUGAAGAAACGCCACAUAGUAGACACACGGCAACAGGAACACAUACGAUCAGAGAAACAGAUAAUGCAGGAGGCUCAUUCUGAUUUCAUUGUGAGGCUCUACAGGACAUUCAAGGACAGCAAAUAUCUGUACAUGCUAAUGGAGGCUUGCCUUGGUGGAGAGCUGUGGACAAUACUCAGGGACAGAUACAAAGAAGACAAUAUUAAAAGAGGUUCAUUUGAUGAUGCUACCACUCGUUUCUAUACAGCCUGUGUGGUGGAAGCGUUUGCCUAUUUGCAUUCCAAAGGAAUUAUUUACAGGGACCUCAAGCCAGAGAAUUUAAUCCUUGAUCAUCGGGGUUACGCUAAACUGGUGGACUUUGGGUUUGCCAAGAAGAUAGGGUUUGGGAAGAAAACAUGGACAUUCUGUGGGACGCCUGAAUAUGUGGCUCCAGAAAUCAUCUUGAACAAAGGCCAUGACAUAUCAGCAGAUUACUGGUCACUAGGAAUCCUUAUGUAUGAACUCCUGACUGGCAGCCCACCAUUCUCAGGUCCCGACCCCAUGAAGACAUAUAACAUCAUACUUCGUGGGAUUGAUAUGAUUGAAUUUCCAAAGAAGAUUACCAAAAAUGCUGCUAACCUCAUCAAGAAACUAUGCAGGGACAAUCCUUCAGAAAGACUUGGGAACUUGAAAAAUGGAGUUAAAGAUAUUCAAAAGCACAAAUGGUUUGAAGGUUUUAACUGGGAAGGAUUAAGAAAAGGCACAUUAACACCUCCAAUCGUAUCCAGUGUCACAUCUCCAACAGACACAAGCAACUUUGACAGCUUCCCUGAAGACAAUGAUGACCCACCUCCUGAUGACAACUCUGGAUGGGAUGCAGAUUUCUAAAUCUGUCCUGCAAACUUGCUUCUGCCUUGCCUAGGACAGCAUGUUGGUCAGAGGAAAGUGGAAAAGAGGCUGCCAGUAAAUGGGAAAAAAACCAGAAAGAGGAUUAGUGCUCUGGAUCACCAUGAUGCCUUGACUGAUGCCUGCUCCACUGACAAUGGCGGAAUUAGGAGCGACGCCGUUAGAUAAUUGCGAUGGUGUUCCUUUCAAAAAAGAAACACUCUAGAUUUGAAUGGAAAAGUAGCAACUUAGAUGGUGGUCCUAGAGCAACCUGUUUUAUUAGCAUACAUGUAAGGCUUUCCCUUCACUGAGGUGACUAUUGCUUUUGCUCCAGAGACCAAGUAAUACUCAAAAAGGUUAUAAAAUGGGUCAUUUGAAACCAGUAAACUUAAGGGGUUUUUCUAAUUAAAAUAAAGAGACAAAUGUAGGUAUUUAUUCAGGGGAUUUAUAUUCAGGGGACAAUGAUACUUACUAUAGAAUUGAAUUCGGGAUGUUCCCACUCAAGUGCACGUACGCACAUCUGCGUGUGUGUGUGACAAGUGUGUGUAUGUAUCUCCACCCCCCCCCCCUCCAAAAGGACCAUUAAACCUCACUCUUCACAUUAAGUCACUUUAUUCAUUAUUAGUCUGGAUACUACAUCUCUGUUCCAAUGAUAUAUUUAAUAGUGGCAUCAAUAUUUAUAUGCAUAAAGCACAAUUGCUGUUGCUACUGGGACUUUAUUUCCACUCGAACAUGAGUGCCUGCCUGAUCAAAUACAAUUAAAAUGGUCUCCUAUACGUUGUAAAGGCCAAUACCUUUCUCUGUAUCACAAUGUAGAGAUACUGACGGUCAAAUACUGCCUGAAGAUGCAUUUUAAUAGUCAUCGUUUGUGUUUGACAUGCCACUGCAUUUAAAUGCUGGCUGAAAACUAUGGGCUCAUGGAACUGUGUCUAAUAAUUUGUUAUUACAGUUAGAUUUCUAAGUCAUGCUGCUCAAAGGUGUGUUUAUUUUAAAUCUAGCCUUUUAUUUAAGAUUUCCUUGAAUAGAAUUCUGACCUCCUUCCCAGUCAAAAGCUUCGAAAUGGAUCAAAUGUAAGUAAUGAACUUAUUUAUCCCUCAAACAAGGUCAACAAAUUAAUCAUCCAGUUGCAUAUCGCAUUGUUGUUUAGGACCAUGUUCUGCACAAAGUGUUGCAUUUUCUACAUCAUUUCUUUUCAAAAUAUAUCUCUGACUGACUGCAUGUUAGUUUUGCACAACCUGGGAUUUGGGCAGGAAUUGUAUCAAAGGGGGUCAGUUAGCUCAGUCAAUGAGACAGCUAGACACAGAGUAACACCAACAAGUGGGUUCAAUUCCUGCACUGGCUGAGGUUAACAUGAAGGACUCUCCUUCUUAACCUCUCGCCUCAUCUGAGUUGUGUGGUCCUCAGGUUAAAGCGCCACCAGUCAUUGCCCUCUUUCUCUCUCUCUCUCUCACUAAUAAAAGACCCAUUGGAACAUUGGACUGUGUGGACUUUACUUCAUCAGUGCAAUGUUUUUCUUUCUGAUGAAGGGCUUUUGCCCGAAAAGUCGAUUUCGCUGCUCCUUGGAUGCUGCCUGAACUGCUGUGCUCUUCCAGCACCACUAAUCCAGAAUUUGGUUUCCAGCAUCUGCAGUCAUUGUUUUUACCUCAAUGUUUUUCUUCGUCUACUCUUCUGUGCUAUUGUAGAAAGACACCACUAAAGGGGACAAAGUGAGAAGCUGAAUUAAGAAUGGAAAAGCUGGUCACUACCAACCACCCACUAAUCUCACUAAUUACCUUACAUAUUAAUCACCCUCAAUACUAACAAGGUGUCACUUUGAAUUUAAUCUCAAGUCUUUAUUUAAGGGUAAAUGCUCUUUAGAAAAACAUGGAUGUAAUCCUUUAUAGCCCACAGUUCACCUGGGUAUUGCUUUGAAAGCCACCAUAAAAAUUCUUUAAACUGUAGGUGUGAAAUGACCAACUCUCCUUUGGCAAUACAAAGUCCUGCAAAAUUAACGAAAAAGCUGAACACAUUUUCCCAGUGCCCAUUCCAAUAUUUAAAAGAUGCCACAUAUCUAUCAAUCAUGAUUUUUUUUAAAAAAAUCAGCAAUGUUUAAGUAUUUCUUGGGCUGUUUUCUUUAUUUAUGCUCUCUCUGUGUCGAUAAGUUCAUCAAGAGUGUCAGGGUUACAAUGUAACUUCUAUUACUGGUGAAUUGUGAAAGAUGAGCAUAGAAAUAAUGGAGGGGGACCUGUAAAUACAAUGUGAAAGUGAAGGAGGAAGCUCUGGAUACAAUCUCAUGUGAAGUAGCAAUCAAAUACUGUGGGUCAAGAGGGUUUGUCAUAUUUGCGGCUUUGUAUUUUCAAAACAUUGUAUCUCCUGUUUUUAUUUAAUUGGACCACAAGUUCCAUAUUAUUGCAAAUAAGUUGAUCUGUUUUGGGUGUUGAGACUCUGUAUGUGAUUUAACCCCUUUUUUUCUUUUUAGCUGACUUGAUGCGUUUUCCAUGUUAUAAAAGAGCCCAAUGCUGUUGAGCUAACUGUAAGAUAAAGUCCAAAGGCUUUAUCUGCCUAAAACAAAUUCUCAACUAAUUUAAAGACCAUAGGUUAGACAAGCUUUGGCAUUGUCUCAAGUGCCUUAAAACACAUGGCAUCCAAACAAAUUUAUAAAUUUGGUCUUUUGCUGCGUAAACUUAAAACAAAAACAAACAAAAAAUCUCAAGGAUCAAUCCUUCUUAACUGGCUUCUGUAUAAAUUCUCUGUUCUGUAAGGUUCAAUAGGCUUUUUUGUCAAUAUGAUGUACAAGUUACAGUAAAUAUCCUGUGGUACCAGAAGUUAUGUUCAGUUUUAGGAAGGCUGUGAGAAUGGUGAUGACAUAGUGCAUCAUUUCUGUGAAAUGUGUGCACAUGCCACAAAACAAAAGUCACAUGACUAUAACUACCGUUACUUUGGCUGACACAUGGAAGCCUAUCGUCUUUUAAUAUACCUGUGUUGCAAAAUGUUAGGGUAUAAGUAUCUCCUUAAUGUUGUCAAAUUACAAUGAAUGUGGCCCUGGUGAACAUUGUUCAAAAUCUUUCAGGAUAACUGUAAACUGUCUCAUUAGAGUACUGUGUUCAAGCAUUGGCUUAACAUAGCUGAUACCCACUUUUAAGAUCUAUAUUUCCUGUCUCUAUUUAACUCGAAGUUUAUCAUCAACUGUUCCAACUUACUGAACAUUUAUAAAUUUAUAUGAAGUAUUUGUUGGGAGUUGUUUCCAAUUUAGUCUUCUUUUUUCUGUUUGAAUAGAUGAGCAUGGCGAAUUUGUCAAAAUGUAUAUUUUGUCACUGAAUGCUGUUCACAGGCUUGUUGCACUCCCUUGGUUGUAGAUUUUUAACUUUUACAUAUUUAAUUGUCCCUGAUUUUGUCUUGUAUCUCCCUGCAGCUGUCAAUGCAGAGUGCCUGUUAUAUACUUUCUAGAGCUAAAA